AAGAUAUUAAGUAAUUAAAUGAUCAAUACUCUCACUUGAUCAAACAUUCUGAAAAGUAUUAAAUCUUUUAUAAAUUAGUCGUAAUUACUUAUAGUCAUAAGCAGUCAGUAAUAUACCAUGGAUUAUGGGAAAGUGAGGAUUAUUCAAUAAGAAGUACAAAUAACCUUCAGCGUUAUUAAUCAAUUAAAUUAUUUCAACAUAGAUAUUUUAUUUUUCAUUCACCUUCUUUCUAUUCGAUGCCUGAAUACAUGAAGUUGACUUGCCGUACAGAUUCACUAAUACAACCAGAAUCAAAUGCAACUAAGGAAGACAAUAAAUCUUUCUGUAGUGUUUUAUUGUCAUCAUCAUCAUCUUCAUCGUCGGAAUCUCCUUCAUACAAGCAUAUAUGUUUCAUCUAUGCUACUUUAAUAUUUAUUUUAAUAGUUAUUAUACCAUUAAUGUUAAAAAUGACAUUAUAUGGUGAACCAAGUUUUUAUUCACUUUUCCCAAUCUAUUCAAUACUUUUCUCAUGUACAAUUAUAUUUGAAGUAAUCAAACGUCUUCGUAUGUUACAACAUGAAAUGAAUGAAGACAAUGCACCAGUGGAAGUGUACUCUGCUUAGAAAGAAGUUCAUAAAUCAAUAAAUGUCAUAUAUGUAAACUUCAUAAUUUUGUACAUUUUUCCUUCUAUCUUAUAUAAUCUACUCAAUGAAAUACUUUCAAGAUUCAAUAUGAUUAAAAGCAUCAUUAUAACCCUGGGAUCGUUUAUUGUCAUCAUCGUGUGUCUUCAUUUACAUCAAAUUGAAAUGAAUAAUGCUCAAUCUACUUUCUUUUCAUUUUUUUGCUUUGAAAAAAAAAUGGUUAGUUUACUGAGUAAAUAAAUGAAAAGCAUUUAUCCAUUCAAAUAUCAUUGAUGUAUUCAAAUUAAUCAUGUUUUAGCUUUGUGUUUUUUGAUCUAAA